AUGGUUAAAAAGGCACCAGCACCACUGAUCAGUGCUGGCAGGGCCACUGUGGCACCACCACCCCGAGUUCUGCCAGUUCUGCAGGAUGACAGCCUCACUGACCUCGAUGACCUGGAAUCUUCUACCAACAAGACCAACAAACAGUCCAGGCUCACUGUCGCAUUGCGGAUUCGUCCGCUCUCCAAGCAAGAGAAGGACAAGGGACUGACAAAAAUUGCCCAAGCUGUGGACAGCCAGAUGGUGGUUCUACAUGAACCCGAACCAGAUCGGAAUGACCCACUGCGACAAAAACGACAACAGGAAAAACAAUUCAUGUUCGACAUGGCUUUUGACGAGUUCAUUGACCAGGACGAAGUCUAUAACAAGACGACAAAAGACAUCCUCGACUUCGUCUUGGGUGGUUAUCACGCCACAAUUUUUGCAUAUGGGCCCACGGGUGCAGGGAAAACCCACACGAUGGUGGGUUACAAUUCGAACCCCGGAAUCAUGGUUCGGGCUUUGAAUGAUCUUUUUCAACGAAUGCACGAGGCCGCCGAAGAGGACCAAUUCGAUGUUACAAUGUCUUACCUGGAAGUAUACAACGAAAAUAUCAGAGAUUUGCUGCGACCUGGAACAGGGCAUUUGGAUUUGCGAGAAGACGCAAGAACCAACGAAAUCAAAGUCGCGGGGCUUCUGGAAGUUAAAAUAACCAACACCGACAUGGUGAUGAAUAUGUUGCAAAAGGGCAACAAGAACCGCACUGUGGAAGCCACUGCUGCGAAUGCGACCUCGUCUCGGUCCCACGCCCUGUUGCAGGUCAACGUCCAUCGCAGGUCAAAAUUGAAAGAUGUCAAGGGGAAAGUGAAAGCAGGUCGGCUUUUCAUGAUCGACUUGGCCGGAUCCGAACGAGCCUCGCAAACCAAGAAUCGAGGUCAGAGGCUGAACGAGGGAGCACACAUCAACAGAUCGCUGCUAGCAUUGGCAAAUUGCAUCAAUGCCUUGGCAAAAGGCGACGCCAAAUAUGUCAACUUCAGGGACUCGAAAUUGACAAGGCUGUUGAAAGACGCCCUGUCGGGGAAUUGCAAAACUGUCAUGAUUGCGCACAUAGCGCCAUCUGCUGUCCAGCGAGAAGAAUCCUUCAACACCCUGGUUUAUGCUGACAGAGCCAAAAAUAUCAGCAACAAGUUGAAGAAGAAUGUGGUUGACGUGAAAUAUCAUGUGACUCAGUACCAGGAAAUCAUCAACGAUCUCAAGGGAGAAAUACAAAGAUUGAAGACGAAAAUAGACGACGAUGGGGAUGAAUUGGUUGGAAAAAAAGGAAGCAAAUCCAAUCCCUUGGGAGGACCACAAAGGAAACUCAGUCCAGAAGAAGAAGCCAGGCGCAAGGCAGAACAAGAGGCUCUUGCUAGGCUCAAAGCUUUGCAAGAUGACCUGGUUCAAACCUUCAAAAAGCAAAUGGAUCUCAAGUUGGAGUUGUUGAUUGUUAUUUUGCUUGCGAAUCCCGCCAGACACGAAUUGUUGGACGUGGAGAACAGUAUGUUGGCUCUGGCCAUGGAAUACGAGCGACAAGAACUGGUUGUCAAAGAAUACGAAGCUGAUCUAGCACUUCGAGGCAGAAAACCGAAAAAUUUAUUGGCAAAACUGGACAAACUUCGAGAAAACUGCGGACAGAAUUCCCCGGCCCCGGAUGAUCUCAUGGAUGAACCAGACACGGACGAAGAUGAUGAUCCUGAGGACGUGGCUCAAGCCAUGGAUGAGCUCACUUUUAUCAUUCGGGAACAAACCCGUUAUGACGACAUGAAAGCCGACAUUGAGAAACAGCUGGACGAAUGUCGGCACAAGGCCAAAGUUUUAGAAGAGGAAUUACCGCAGCAAAUAAACACCCAGGAGCAACGAGAAGUGUACAUGUUGUUGCUGAGGGUGCAUGAGUUGGAAAUCGAAAGAACUGAGCUGCAGAGAGACGCUUUAUUGAGAGAACAUCAGCUGAGAAGACGGGAUUUGUUGCUGGUGAGACACGAGAUGCAGCGGAAUUUGUGCGACCAAAUCAUCACUCGCCAACGACAAUUGAUCAGCGAUAAUGGAGGUGCUGUGCCGGAGGAUCUGGAAAAACUUUAUGAGGUGUACGUUCAGGAACUCCAAUUACCGAAUCGGGAACGAGAGCAAAGACUCAGUGGAGAACUGAAUCUCUUCAGGUAUGAUGGUUCUGGGCCUGCAACCAGGGUGACUUCGUCAAAAUCAAGAGGAUCUUCAGAUGGAAAACUGCCAAGUUUACAAAAUCAACAAAACACGCUCUUCAUCAAACGACAAGCGCUGAUGACUGCAAAUCGGCGGCCAAACAGCAACAUGUCCAUCAAAAGCUUUUUGAGGAUGGAUGUUAAUCCCUGA